AUGGAUUAUAGUCCUAAAAAAGUUUCAUAUAGAAGAGGUGGUGGCGGCGGCCGAGGAAGAAGUGGCCAAGAAGGAAGUAGUAGUAGAGGAAGAGGUAGUCAAGGUGAAAAUAUUAGAGGAAAAAGAGGUCAAUUAUCUUUUCGUGGUAGAGGAGAUGUUAAAGAAAAAAUAAGUUCGGAUGAUCAAGAAAAGGAACAUUCAAAAAAUAUUCAUGAUGAUAGUAAACAAGAUAAGCCAUCAUCUCAUGAUAUUUCAAGUAAAUCUACAAUACCUACUGAUUUGGAGUGUUUAAAGAUUGAGGAACCUGAUGUUGCUCCAGUCAUUUGUCGUGGUAAAUUGAUAACAGUUGAUGAACCAAAUUUCAAAUCCUAUAGACUAAGAACAAAUGAUGAAUUAACAAUAGGAAAAGAUUUACCAAUUAUUACAAAUGUAUAUAAUUUUAAAGUAAAAGAAAAUUUAUACGUUGAUUUAUUUAGUGUUCAUUUUUUAAAUUCUGAUAAACAAAUAAAUGAAAAAUUUAAAAAUAGUAGAAAAAGAGCUGUUGUUAUGAAAGUUUUAGCAGAUGCUGACAAUAAAUUUGAUCUUGAUAAUUUUGUUUAUGAUGAUUCUAAUUUGUUAUAUGUUCUAAGUGGAAUUAUGAAAAAUCAAAAGUAUGAAUUUAUAAUAGAUCAAAAUGCGAAAGUAAUUAAUUAUGUUCGUUUUGAAAAAGCAAAAAGCUUAUUAAUAAAAUUGACAAAUAAUGAUAAUAUUUCACAUUUUGAAUCAAAAACAUUUUUGAAUCUUAUGCUUACACAAUUUGCAAAAAAUCCCUACAAUGAAAAUUAUAAUAAAAAAUGUACUGGAAUAGGAAAUCAACUUUUUUUUAAACCAAGUGAAGCAUAUUCAAAUAAAGUAUCUUUGGAUUUUUUAAGGCAAAUUUGGCCAGGUUUAUGUUUUAGUAUAUCACUUGGACCAAGGGGAUUACCAAUAUUAAAUAUUAAUCAAAAUUAUGCUUUAUUUCCAAAAUCAGAUUUAACAGCAAUAGAUUUUUACUGUGAGGCUAAUGGUGUAAAAGUAAAUACAUUAAAAUUGGAAAAUUUAUCAAUGAAUCAGAUACAAAGACAACGAAUGACUAAUCUUUUAAAAGGUUUAAAUCUUUCUGUAGAUUAUAAUAAAUCAAGAGAAUUUACUGUUUAUAAUGUUAUUGAUAAAAUUCCAAGUAAAACAAUGAUAGAAAUAGAAGGUGAAAAAAUGACUGUUAAUGAUUAUUAUAAAAAAAGAUAUAAUAUUAAUUUAAAAUAUCCAAAUUUACCUUUGAUUCAAAUGAAUCCUGAGCAAGCUAAAAUUUACAUACCAAUGGAACUUGUUAAAAUUAGUGAGAAACCACAAAAAUUAAAACAAAAAUUAGAAGGACAUUUAAUUGCUAAAAUGGUUCAAAAUUGUACUAAAUUACCUGAAAAAAAAUUCUCUGAAAUCAACAAUUAUUUAAAAGAUAUAAAAAAAGAUGGAGAUAUUAUUUUAAGAAAAUUUGGUACUGAUAUAGGAAAUCAAAUUAAAACAACAGGUAAAAUUUUACCUACUAUUAAAGUAAGACAACCUGUUGAUGAAAAAAAACGUAGUAUUUAUGAUAAUAAAUUAAAAAAUUUUACCUAUGGUAUUGUAUUUGUUAACAAUCCAAUUAAUCCAAAGGCACGUGGUAAUUAUAUUGGUAAAAUUAAUCAUAUUAUUAAUAAUGUAAGAAAGUAUGGUUGUGGAUUUAAUUCAAAUGUAGCACCAUUAUAUGAUUGUAAUUUUAAUUCAAGAGAUAAUUUACAUGAAGUAUUAAAAUGUAGAUUAGAAAAACUUAAUGAUGCUGAUAAAAAGAAUCAUCUCAUAAUUUUUAUUAUAAGAGAUGGUUGUACAUCUUAUGGAUUAAUUAAAAUGUAUUGUGAACAAAAAGAAUUUUUAGGAUGCCAUUCACAAGUAUUAAAAAGUAAAACUUUAGAAAAAGUAAAUGUUUCUAAUCCAAGAUGUAGAGUUACAUUAAAUAUUUCAAUGAAAAUUAAUGGAAAACUUGGAGGAUUAUCAAAAGAUUUAUAUUAUGAAGAUAAUAAUCAAAAAUUAAUUGAUUUUAAAAAGAAAUUUUUUAAUGAAAAAGAUGCUACAAUUUAUAUUGGUGCUGAUGUUAUACAUCCAUCUCCACAUGACUCUGGUCAAAAUUUUAUACCAUCAAUAUCUGCUGUAGUUGGAUCAAUGGAUAUUUUAGGUUUUAAAUAUGCUAUAUCUGGUAGAGUUCAUACAACAACAGUUAAACAAAAUAAACAAGCUAUGGAAACACUUCAAUAUUUUCAAGAACAAAUACAUGAACGUAUUAUUUCUUUUAAAAAUGCUACUGGUGUUGUUCCAAAACACAUUGUAGUAUUUAGAGAUGGUGUAGCUGAUUCUCAAUUUAAAAUUACAAUGGAUUAUGAAGUAUAUUCAAUACAUAAAGUUUGUGAAAGUAUAAAUAAAAAUUAUAAACCGACUAUAACAUUUUUAGUUGUUCAAAAACGUCAUGGUGUACGGUUUUUUGAUCCAAAACAAAGUAUAGAUAAAUUUUUUAAUGGUAAUGUUCCACCUAAUACUGUCAUUUCAAAAGAUAUUGUAAAUCCAGAACUUCUUGAUUUUUAUGUUAUUCCACAUAAAGGAGCUCUUGGUACUUCAAAACCUUGUCAUGUAUAUGCACUUUAUGAUGAUUGGAAACUUACAUUAGAUGAAAUAAGUUUAUUAACAUGUUGGAUGGCUAAUAUAUGUACAAGAUGUACAGAUCCUAUAGGAAUUCCAACACCAUGUUACUAUGCUGAUUUAGCAUGUACAAGACUAAAACAUCAUUAUAUUGAGAAAAAAGAACUUUUAAAAAAAAUGAAAAGUCAAAGUAAGAUAACAAUAGAUAUUCAUCCAUCAAUGGUAAAUGAACAAUUUUUUGUUUAA